AACUAGUUCAUGUGUCCGUUAGUGGAUUGGUAUUAGUUAUGGUGAUAUAAGAUUCACGUAUAAUCAGUGUGUAUGUUUUCUGCCCCGCAGUGCUUUGGCGCUGCUAAUGCGCGCGAGUUUUCAAAGUGGGCGAGUCUGCGGGUCUUAAAGAGGACGUCCAGCCGGCUAGCUGGAGUUAGCUUUGUGCCGCACAAAGUUUGCCACUUGGCCGAAUUACUCGCAAACUGGCAUUAAACUCGUUAUUGGCUAACAAAUCUACAUCCUUGAUCAAACGCAUAUGUCGGAAGUAUUUCAAAGCAUCGCCAUGUAAUUUGUUUGCAUUUUAAUGUUGGCGUCGUUGCUAUUAAUUCAAGCUAACAUGACCAGUUUACCUCUAACAUUAGUUAGCUAGCAUCAUUCCUUUGUAAUGUAAACAGCGGUGUGGCUACCAACUAAUAACGUCACUUAACAUAAAGGAAUACGCUGUUCACCAAAGAAAACGUCUGUCACAUUUAUGCAAACAGAGUACCCUACAUCAGCAGGCUCUGCAUCAUGUCUAUUGAUUUUGACAGUGCUGCUCUUCAAACCGUUCAUGAUGAAGACGAAUACGACCAGGAGGACUAUGCAAGAGAGCAAGAGCUGCAGAAACUGCUCACAGACCUGCCUGAUGACAUGCUGGAGGACAGCAGAGACUGCUCCUCCCCAGAACUGGAGUAUUCUGCCUGCAGCAAUAAAAACACUGGCAAUAGCCCACAGUCCACAUGGACUCAGCAAUGGUCAGUUCAUCCAAGGCCAACCUCUCAUGAACAGAACUAUGAAGUUGACUAUGAUGAACACUCUCAUAAUGACUUCACUUAUGAGGAUGGAGCUACUCAGAUCAACGGACAUCAUCAGAGUCACCCUCAAGGUCAACCUCUGCCUCACACCUGGAACCAGCAGUCACAGGGUCAUCAGUUCACCCAGGAAGAAUAUACAUAUAACAGCAUGGGCACAGAAAAACUUACAGAAACCAGUGAUUUCUCCACAGAUGAGUAUGAGUCUAAACCAUACCCUCAAGGCACUAAUAACGCUGUAGUGUACCAUGGAGAAGGAGGACGCAGAGACAACCAAAACUACGGGGACCACGACAGUGCCAGAAACCAUUUUCAAAAUUUAAAGUCUGGACCUGAGGACAGAGUUGUGGAUCAAUACAAGGCCAGCUACAAUCCUCACCGUCCUGCCCAUCAGCCAAAGAUGUUGAAUUCACAGGCCGCUCAGCAUGAAGGUCAUCUUGAGCAUCUGCAAAGAGAAUUCCUUGACUCGACACAACAAACUGCUGAUAGGGAGCAGCUUGCCCAGCUGCAGAUUUUAAACAAGGCUCAGCAGAGACAAAUAGAAGACUUGGAGCGAAAACUGGAAGAUUCAAGGCGUAAUAUGAGAUACAUCGAGCAUCAGUUUGCUAUUGCCAGAGAUGAGAAGGAUGGCCUAGCAGUGAGUCUAAAGGAAUCGAGUCGAUUGGUUGAGGAGGCCAAGGAGAGAGAGGUUCAAAUGCAAAACAAAUUUAGGGCAAUGGAGCAGCAAGUAAAGGUCCUCACAGAGAGAGACCAGGAGAGCGUGAAGACGCAGAGGGUGGCAGAGGCUGCAGUGGACAGCAUGAAGCAGCAGAUGUUGGAGCUUUGUCGCUCUGAUACCUUGUCCAGAGCGCGGGAGCAGCAUGACAGAGACCUCGCCGUCAUAAAGGAGCAGCAUGACGCUGCACUGCUGACCCUACAGCAGAAACUGGACUCUGUCUCUCAGGCUCUGAACGAACAGAUUGAUGUUGGUCAGAGGUCACGAGAGCAGGUGAAGCAGCUGGAGCGCCAGAGAGAGGAAGAGCAACUAGAGAGAGCCAGAGUUGUCAAUGCCCUCACUCAGCGUCUCGAGGAGAGUCAACAACAAUGUGCAAAGCUGCUGCAGACAAGUGCAGUGCAGGAGAUGACUCAGAUGCAAAUCAAACUACAACAGGCUCAGUCAGCCAAGGCCUUGAGUGAAAACAUGAGCAAAGUCUUACAGGAGGAUUUGGCUGAUUUGAAGGAGCAGAUCACUCUGUAUGAAUCUGCGGUGAAACAUGGUGUUAUUGCGUUAGACCUGAGCAGUGACUGGGAGAACCAGUUGUCUGAGUCCUGUAUGGAUUUAGGACUAAAGAAAACCAACAGGAAAAAUGGCCUGCUUCAAAGCGCUGCUCUGACUCACCUGUUGGACACCAAGCUACCCAAAGAUGAAGCCUUGCGGCUGCUGCGAGUAGAGAUGCAGCGCUGCCUGGGUAGUCUGAAGGGGAAGCGGCAGAGGAUCAGUCAGCUGCAGGAGGAGCUUCAGCUCUGUCAGGGUCAAGUGCAUGAGCUGCAGACCCAGUUAGAUGAAGCCAAGCUCACCUCUUCGGUCAGAGUGACCAGCCAGAUGAAACAUCUAGACAUAACAGGAGAGUCUCAGAAAGAGUUCAUGAGACUACAAGAGGACAAACGACACUUGCAGGAACAAGUUGAGGUUUUAGAAAUGAAAAAUAAGGAGCUGAAACAGAGUGAGGAGAAAGUGAGGUCUGCCAACUUGGAGCUUUGCACCAAGAUGAGGGAGAUGAUCCAGGAACUGGACCAAGAGAAGCAGGAGGCAUCUCAGAGAUCUGAGCGGAUACAUCAGCAGUAUAGGGACGAUGUUGUGAACCAGAUCAAAACAGAGCUCAUGCUGGAACAUGACGCUCAGGUUAAACAGCUGACAGCACAGCACCAGCAGCAGGUCCAACAGUUGCAGACCCAGCUGUCUGAGGCCAGUGAUAAGAUGUUGGCUGUGCAAGAGUGUUACAUAUCUGUCUGUAAGGAGAAGGACAUGCUUGAAGAAUGCAUACGCAACAGGGAGAAGGAGGAGACUUUGAUCAGACAAAAUGAGCAAAACAUGGAAGAGGAGAGUGUUACAGUUGUGGAAAAGCUAAAGGCUGAGCUCGAGACUCAGCAUCAGGCCUCAAUAAACCAGCUCAAAGCUCUCUGGUCCCAAGAAAAGGAGACUGAGAUCCAGCUGCAGGUGAACUCUGAGGUAGCCUCGGCCAAGGCUGCUUGGAGGAUGGACCUACAAAAGAUGGAAAAGACCUGGGUCCAGAGGCUGGAGGAGGCUAGGAGAGAGAAACACAGAGAGACUGUUGAGGCAACCUGCCAGUCAGAUGAGAUUGACACCAGCAGUGGGACAAUUACUGUUGAGGAGCUGGACUCCAGGCUCAGUGCCCAGAAACAGCAACUGCAACUGGACGCAGACAAAGUCAAACGCAAAGCUGUGGAAGAAGCCAGGAAACAAACCCAGAAAGAGCUACACGAGAAACACCUUGAGGACAUGGCCAAACAGGUCGAAGGUGCAGUAACGAGGGCCUACAGUCGCUGGAUUGAGGAUUUGACUUCAUUACCAGAAUACCAAGCCUGUCUCCAAACAGAAAGGGAGAAAUGGGAACAACUACAAGAAAAACGCACUAAACAGCAGGUAUCCCAGGCCCUGAAGGAGGCAGAGGAGCAGUGGCACAAAAAUCAAAAGAACCAGUUGGAGGAACAGAGCUCUGGGACCCAGCAGGUGGAGGAGCUCCAAGAGGAGGUGGCAGCUCUCCAGACUCGGCUUGAGCAAGUGAGGAGAGAGCAAGCUGCCCUGCUGAAGGCGGAGCUGGCUGGAGCUAGAGCAGCCUGGAACAGAGACAAGCAGCAGGAGAUCUCUGUCAUCCAGGUCCGCAGUGAGCAGGUGUACAAAACCAAGUUGCAAGAGCAGGGCAAAAUGCUGGAGCAGGCUUUGCAGCAGGCCAGGGAGGAUGUGGACCUCCAGAAGAAGGAGCUGGUCCUGCAGAUGGAGGCCAAGCUACAACAGACUGUGAGGGCUCGAGAGGAGGAGUGGAGAUGUCAGUAUGCAGAGAAAGAGCAGGCCCAGAGACAUCAGAUGAGAGAUGAAUUACAAGCAGAGCUUCAGACUGGUCUGGCAGAGGUCCAGGCACAACUUCUCAAGGACCCCAAACCAGAUCUGCAGGGCACAGAAGACAUCAGGAGGACCAGUGGGGCCACAUCUGAGAGCACAAUAACAAGUAUCAUCCAAACGUCCUGCAGAGACAUAGUCAGCAAAGCAGUAUCUCAAGCCAAGAAGGAAUGGAAGAGAAUAAGUGAGGAGAGACUGUGCCAUGUGUUAAAAGAAACACAGCAACAGCAUGAGAGAGAAAUGGACAAAAUGCAAAGCUCUUUGUGCCAGAGGAAGGAUCAGGCUCGUUGCAGGAAGGAGUGCACUGAGACUGUAAGUAAACUGCAGAAGAAGAACCAGGAGCUCCAGAGACACUUGGAGAAAGCCUGUCGUCAACUUCAGCACAGCGUUCGAGAGCACAAAACUGCCAUGCAGCACCUGAAAGAAGAGCAUGAAAGCGGCUUACAAAAGGCAAAGGAUGAGCAUCUGCAGCAGCUAGAAGAAGUGAAGAGAGCCAAAGAAGAAGGGACUUCUGAUCACCAACAAAGUCUUCAGCAAGGACUUGAGGAGAUGAAGCAGCAAUACCUGAUGACUGUAGAAAAGAUCAGAGGAGACAUGCUGCGUUACCUCCAGGAGAGUCGGGAGCGAGCAGCAGAGAUGAUCCGCAUGGAGGUGCAGAGGGAGAGGCAGGACACUGCCAGAAAGAUGCGGCGCUAUUAUCUGACCUGUCUGCAGGAGUUACUGGAGGAUGGAGGAAAGAUUGCAGGGGCUGAAACGAAAAUAAUGAAUGCCGCAAGCAAGCUGGCAGCCAUGGCUAAAGUGCUGGAGACGCCUCUUAAAAGUAAAUCAGGAAAGAACUACAGUUUACAAACUGGCUGCCCUCCAAGUAGGCACACAGGUCUCAGUGACAGCCCGUCAACACUAACUGAGCUUCCUGACAUCAGGCCAGAGGAGAGAUCCCACAGGGAGAAGACUUCUGCUGAUUCAGAGCAGAAACAAACCUGUGCAACAAGGACUAAACCUUUGAGUCACCAGGACAUUUGUGCCUCUGGAAAGGUGGAGGCGUCUGUAGCUGCAGGGCUGAACCCCCAAACUGCUGCUCACACACACCUCCACUCUUACAAACCUUCUCAACAAAUGGCUUCUUCACCCCAUGGGGACUUUGUCAGUGCGUCUGGGAGGAGUAAAAGCAGGGAGCUGUACCUGAAGGGAGUUGACCCCAGCAAAGCAGACACCCACCCCAACUCAGAGCGACAAAACAAACCCUUCCUCGUCCUGGAGGCUCCUGUCAGGGAUGAGAAACGGACCGACUGGAGCAUGACCAGUAGUGACUCGGACACGGGCUUCCAGUUUUCCAGAUUCUCCUCCUCAGGAAGGAAAGUAGAACCGGUGAAGCCGUUUUCUAUCUCUGCUGCUUCAGCCAGUGACUUAGGAGAGUUUGGUGGCCUCAGCCCGAAUGUAUCUGACAUAACUGUUUAUAAUGAAAUCGACAAGAAGAGUCCUCACACCCAGACCUUGCACCAUGCAAAGAUGAGCACACACAGAGAGCCCACCCCUGGCUCUGAGGCCGAGAAGCAGCAUGGAGUUUGUUCCAGGCCUCUGUUCUCUGAGUUGAGACAGCGCCAGCAGGACAGUGGUUUUGAUAGUCCAUUCUACCAACAGAAAUGACAAAGUGAAGGCAGGUGUGAAUACCAGCUUUACACUGGCUGGACAGUUUCCGUUAGCUUACCAAACAGUGCCUUUAAUACAGCGUAUAAUGUUUACAUGAUGUAGAACCUUUGCCUUUAUAGUCACUUGCAGUGUAUUUGUGUGUUGCAUUAACAUUGUUAAAGGAAUAGUUUGAGCUACAUGAGAAGCUUGACACCACUCUCAUGUCCGUACGCUUUAAUUAUGAAGCUACAGCCAGCAGCUGGUUAUCUUAGCUUAGCAUAAAGACUGGAAACAGGGUGAAACAGCUAGCCUGGUUCUGUCCAAAGGGAAUAAAAAAUCACCUACCAGCGCUUGUAGAAUUCACUAAUGCACAAAUUAUAUCUUGUUUGUUUAAUCCUCACAGAGACCGAAGAGUAAAAAUGGUAAAUUGUGGGUUUAUGGGGGUUAUGUGCUGGACUGUUUCCAGGAAUACUGCUGUCAUUGUCACAGCAACUUUUCUCUACUAUUUCUUGGCCAGAAGAUUAAAGGAGAUUUAAGCAAAUGAAUAUAACAUGUAAAUUAGCUUUAGAGGUGCUGGUGGGUGGAACAGAGCCAGGCUAGCUGUAUCCAGUCUUUUUGGUAGGCUAAGCUAACUAGCUGCUGGCUGUAGCUUCAUAUCAACUAUACAGAUGCGAGAUUGGCAUUGUUCUUUCAUUGAACUCUCAACAGAACAGUGAGUGUCGUUCCCAAAAAUAUCGAACUACUGCAAACAAACACCAGUUGCAUUUUGUUCCUCUGUGUCCUGUUCUAGAUAAUCUCUCGCCCCGGGUGUAGCAGACAGAACAGAACAAAUAGCAGAACAUUUCGAGUUCUGCAAAUAUUUGUUUGUUUCUUUUGGCCCCCUCAUACUCUUUUUUUACCUACUUUUUUCACGUUUCAGUCUAGUUUUAAAAAUCCAGCUGCAGGUCUUGUUUGUAAAUCUCAGUGAGGCACACGGCAGUAUGAUCCAAGAUGAAAUAAGUUUCCCUCAGAAUACUCGCAGUACAGUCUAGAUUUCACAAUAACAGCCUUGAUAAAUACAACCCUACCAUAAUUAAAUGUAUUUUUUGUAGGGAUGGUGUUAAUGAGUUUAUAGUGAUAUUUAACCCUGAACAAACGUCUUUUGCCUCUCAAUGUCGACUCACGAAAGCUAAUGUCCAGGAGUGUUCAGGUGUUUGCGCUACGUCUACGUGCUCACUUAGAAGUGAGAAAUGCACUUUGAAGAAAAGUUUUCAGGUCAAAAGUUGUAGCUCUGCCAACACUGUAAUUUUUAACUUGUGAUACCCCGACUGAAAGAUACUGAGCACCAGAUAAGCUGCAGGUUCAUACAAAGUUUCACUCCGUGUUCUGCUUUCUCUCUCUGGGAUCAGUAGGAGAUAGAGUCCAGCGUGUCUGUGUUUUAUAUUUUAUAUUGCAUUUCCGAGAUGUGCUGUGCAUAUAUUAUACAUGUUUUUUAUAUGUUGCCUUAGUUCAUUUUAAUAAAUUGUAUUGA